UUCCAAGCUAUGUCAAUGUCAAAAUCGACGAUCGUAAACCUUUAUUUGGUUUCUUCCUCCUGACGAAACGAGUUCCCCCUGAUAUAUACACACACUUCACAUAAACCCUUUUCAAUUUGAUUCUUCGUUUCCACUUUCAUCUCUCAAAAUUCAACCUCUUAAUCUUGGAAUUUUUCCGUUUCCUAACAUCAUAAGCAUAUAAUCAUCGGUUACAAACUGCACAACACUUCAACAACCAAUCCUUAGGGUUUCUAUACAAGUUUCUUCAUUCCGGCAACAUUUCUUCAGAAUCAGGGCUUGAAACUAUCGGAUAAUCGAUCAAAGGUGUUAGGGUUCACAAUCGAGAGUAAUGUUUUUCAGUGGCGAUCCUUCGAAUCGGAAACGAGUUGAUUUAGGAGGCCGUAGUUCGAAGGAACGAGAUAGGAAGAAACUUCUGGAGCAGGCUAAGUUAGAAAGGAAUAAACGAUCAUGGAUGCGUCAGCAAAACUCGGCUGCUGUUAUCAUUCAGAAAUGCUUUAGAGGAAGAAAGGUGGUGAAAGCAGAACGUGGUAAGGCACGAGAACAGUUUUAUACCACUUAUGGCAAACACUGUGAAAGAGUAGACAGCCAAUGCUUUGGACCAGAUUCAGACUUUCUUCGGCAGUUGCAGUUUUUUUAUAGUCCACAAAACAUUUCUGACUUCUCUACCCUUGUUGAGGCAUGCCGUUCGCUUUUACAGUUUGCUAAAGACAGUGGGGGUAUUUUAAAGCUCGUUGGUGGCUCAGAUUAUUUGUCUAAGCGUGCUCUGGUGGACUACAGGGUGAAGAGCCUUGCUUAUGCGUGUAUUGGCGCUGUACACCAUAACAGAUAUCAGUUCAAGGAUGAACUGUUAUCGACAUCUUUGGACUCUGGUUCAUCGAUUAAUAUCCUGCUGAAAGCAGCAGCUAUGUUGAUUGAUCCCAAACUUCCAUGGUCUUGUAAGAUAGUCAGCUAUCUUUUGCAGCAAAACGUAUAUCGGAUUUUUCGGGAGGUUGUUAUUACAGGAAAGGAAUGUUUAAAUUCUGAAGGACGUGUUGGGAAAGUGUCUCUAAUGGAGACACUUCUUGUCCUAGUUAUUGCUCAUACUGGUCAAGGACAUUGUGUUUGUCCAAAUAUCGACUUACAAUGGAGCUUUACCUCCCAAGUUUUAUCAAUCCCUUUCGUGUGGCAUAUUUUUCCGUAUUUGAAGGAGAUUUAUGUUUCACGGGGAUUAUGUCAGCAUUAUCUUCAUAAUAUGGCAACAUGUACUCAUAGUUACGAAAAAGUAUUGCCUGCUGACAUAUCAGUUGAGUUCCCUGGUUAUGCCUGCCUUCUUGGUAAUUUACUGGAAGCAGUUGGAGUUGCUUUGGCUCGGCCUGCAUGUCCAUAUGAUUUGGCUAUAGAUUUUGCUAAUGUCGCAACAUUAUUGCUGGAGAUACUUCCUCCUAUCCAAACAUCAAAAACAGGAGGUAGAGAAGAAAAUUCAAUAGCGGGUGAUGAUGAUAUGAUUAUUGAUGAUGCACCAGCUGUACUACCUCUUAGUAAGGAAUUGGAAAAGCAGAUUUCAAAUGCUAUAGAUCCACGCUUUCUCCUACAAUUGAUAAAUGUUCUUUUUGGAAGCUCUUCACUUGUUGCUGAUUCAAGCAAGGAUAAAAUAAGCGAUAAGGAAGCGGCGGCUGUUGCUGCGGCUUGUUCCUUUCUUCAUGUGACUUUUACCAUUUUGCCCCUGGAGCGUAUCAUGACAGUUUUGGCUUAUAGAACAGAGCUAGUAUCUGUACUGUGGAAUUUCAUGAAGCGAUGCCAUAAGAAUCAGAAUUGGUCUUGCUUGUCUGCUGUAUCACCAUACCUGCCCGCUGAUGCAUUUGGUUGGCUGCUGCCUUUGGCGGUUUUCUGCCCUGUGUACAAGCACAUGCUUAUGAUCGUUGACAAUGAAGAGUUCUAUGAGCAGGAAAAGCCGUUGUCAUUAAAUGACAUCAGAUUAUUGAUUGUUAUCCUAAAACAGGAUUUGUGGCAGAUUCUUUGGUUGAACCCUGUGGCACCGAUGAAGUUUAAUACAAACACUCUUUCCUUAAAGAAGCACCGUGUAGAAUUUGUUCAAUAUAGGGUUAUUGUUGUAGCUUCUGAACUUCUUUCCCAGUUGCAAGACUGGAAUAACAGAAGGCAGUUUGCACACCCAAGUAACUUCCAUGCUGAUGGUGUCAAUGACCAUUUCAUUUCUCAGGCUAUGACUGAAAACACAAGGGCAUAUGACAUACUGAAACAAGCUCCUUUCUUGGUGCCAUUUACUAGCAGAGUUAAAUUAUUCACUUCACAGCUUGCUGCAAUCAAAGAAAGACAUGGGUCUCAUUCUCUUUUUAACCGAAGCAGCUUUAAGAUAAGACGGGACCAUAUACUAGAGGAUGCUUUUAGUCAGUUGAGCACAUUAGCUGAAGAGGAUCUUCGUGGAGUGAUUCGGGUUACAUUUGUCAAUGAAUUUGGAGUGGAGGAGGCUGGUAUUGAUGGUGGUGGGAUUUUUAAAGACUUUAUGGAGAAUAUCACUCGAGCAGCUUUUGAUAUGCAGUACGGACUAUUUAAGGAGACGAUUGAUCACCUACUCUAUCCUAAUCCUGGAUCAGGAAUGAUACACGAACAACAUCUGCAGUUUUUCCAUUUUCUUGGAAUUAUUCUUGGAAAGGCAAUGUUUGAAGGGAUUCUAGUUGAUAUACCAUUUGCGACAUUUUUUUUGAGCAAGCUGAAACAAAAGCACAACUAUUUGAAUGAUUUGCCUUCACUGGAUCCUGAAUUAUACCGCCACCUUAUUUUUCUAAAGCGCUAUGAAGGUGACUUGGCAGAGUUAGAGUUGUAUUUUGUGAUUUUCAAUAAUGAGUUCGGGGAACAAACAGCAGAAGAACUGAUCCCAGGUGGAAAGAAUAUACGUGUUGUCAAUGACAAUGUUAUCACAUUUAUUCAUCUUGUUGCCAAUCACCGCCUCAAUACUCAGAUACGUCAACAAAGUUCUCAUUUCUUAAGAGGAUUUCAACAGCUUAUACAGAAAGAUUGGAUCGACAUGUUUAAUGAGCAUGAACUUCAGCUUCUGAUAUCAGGAUCAGUCGAUAACUUCGAUGUGGAUGACCUUCGUUCAAACACAAACUAUGCUGGUGGCUACCAUCGUGAGCAUUAUGUCAUUGACAUGUUUUGGGAGAUCCUCAAGAACUUUUCCUUGGAAAACCAACACAAGUUUUUGAAAUUUGUGACCGGAUGUUCAAGAGGACCUUUGCUAGGAUUCAAGUAUUUGGAACCACUAUUUUGCAUACAGCGAGCUGGUGGUAGUGCCACUGAAGAUGCUCUUGAACGGUUACCAACAUCAGCAACUUGCAUGAAUCUGCUAAAGCUUCCUCCGUAUAGAAGUAAGGAGCAAAUGGAGCAGAAGCUGUUGUAUGCUAUAAAUGCCGAAGCGGGAUUCGAUUUAAGUUGAACAUAUUUUUGUUUUAGAACAAAGAAUGUAGCGCGGUAAUCCAAUCACGACUACCCGUAGAAACAGAAGGUAGGUGAUAUGUUGCAUACUGUGGAUUUGUACAUAAUGUGGUUGUAGUCUUGCAGCUGCAAUGUAUACCAAUAUGAUAUUUUUAUAUGGAGAAAAGAGGGUUUGCUUUUGUAGAUGGAUUGUAUUUUCAAUUUCUAAUUAUCUUUUGUA